AUGCUUAGGCACAAUCAAGCCGGAGAAAUGGGCGAAAAAUACAUUGUUCUUGCAGUUUUUGGUGGAAUUUCAAUUGUUUUGCACAUUUUGCUCCUUGGAUUUUUCGGUUUUCAGUACAGCUCGACCGAUGUUUCGGAUAAAAGUGACGAAGAGAAAAAUGAUACAACACAGCUCAAGAACAUGAAAGAAGAUCUUCCCCGGCUUUCAAGAGUCAAUGCAAAACUGCCAUCAAUCCCAGAAAUGAAACUUAUCGAGGAUGAAGAAACUGAAGACUCGGAAAAGUCAAUUUAUGGCCGCUACUCUGAGUUGGUUUACACCUCCAUCGACGAAGCCCGUCUUCCAUCGAAAAAAGCGUCAACAGAAAUCAAGGAAGAAAACAAAGUCGCGACAACAGCGAAAAUUGAACGAAUUGCUUCAAAAGAAAGCGCGAUUUAUGAUAAUAUUGCGCAGUUGUAA